AUGGCCGCAACAUCUCAGUUGAACAACAACAACAAGACCGCGAACGAAGAGAACAACUCUCGACCGACUCCGGAGCCGGAACUAGACUUGUUGGACUACAGCGAGGAGAUGACUCGCGAUAUCAAUUCAGUCCCGCCGCUGCAGAACGCAUUCGGAAACUUAGGAUCCAGUCUGCCUCAAAUCAACGAGGACGACAUGAGACCACAGGCGCAAGGAGCUCGGCCUUCGGAGUCAGGAAUCUCACCGGCGUUGAUCAACUCCAGAGCCACUUCCCUAGCCCUAGAGACUAUGUCAAACCGAUCGACUCCAGUACCGCGCCCGGUCGAACGCCAAACUUUCGCGGUCCAUACGAGUACCGCGACAAACCUGACGAUUCAAUCUCCGACCCCUCGUCAGUUCAAUCAGAACCCAAUCCCUACGUUGAGCCCCUCGCCAGCUCCGACAGGUCAGGUCGAUAUAAUAGUCGACAACCAGGACUUAGAAGUAUUCAUCAACCUAUUCAACGACCAAUGGUUGAUGUUCAUCCAAGCGAGGGACAACAACAACGUUCCCUUGAUGCGAGCUGCCCUCACCCAAGCGAUAUCCAGCCAGGAAGUGAUCAGAGAUUUGGCGGGAGGCGAGGAGAUGUUAAGGAUCAGCGAGAAUUGGAUCGCGAGAGAAGAGCUAGCGGACUUGGAGAGAUCCCAGCAAGCGAACCCCACGCCGCCGGUCCAACGCCUAGCUAUAACUCAAAGAGCCCACUCCCACACCAUCAGCCCAUCACCAGCACCCCAGCCGCUCACACGCCAAGCUUCGGAAAUAACCUACCUGGGUUCUGGCCAGCAACAGCUCCAAAAUCAAACUACCUCCCAGAGACCUCAGACUGCGCACAGACAGCAUCAAGACACCAGGACGCAAUCGGCGCAAGGCAACCAUUUGCCUCCACCCCCGCCACCGUCUACUCAACCCCCUUGA